AUGGAAUUUGGAGGCUCUGGCAUGAGUGACCGAGGUCCCAGAAGAGGAAGAAUGGGCCGGAGAAGGCUUGAAGAUGAUGAGGAGGACCAAGAGUUCAUAUCAAAGAACCUCCAUGCCGAGAGACGGAGGAGGCAGAAACUCAGUGACAGGCUCCUGACUCUGCGUUCAUCAGUCCCAAUAAUCACAAAUAUGAACAAAGCAACAAUAAUUGAGGAUGCAAUUACUUACAUCCAAGAGCUGCAGAAGAGUUCACAGGUUCUCACUGAACAGCUACUCGAAAUGGAAGGAUCGUCUGAAGAGGGAGGAAAGCCAAUGGCAGAUGAAAUUGAUGCUGCAGAAGAUAUGAAGAAUUAUGGGAUCAAGGAAGAUGUUAAUGUGACCAACAUUGACGGGAACAAGCUUCUGAUAAGAAUUAUCCUUGAGAAGAGAAGGGGUUGCUUCACUAAAUUGAUAGAAGCCAUGAAUUAUCUUGGCUUUGAGCUUUGUGAAACUAAUGUUACCACCUGUAAAGGAGCAAUGCUUUUUUCAUCCUGCGUACAGGGAACUUAUGGGGAUAAUAUCGUGGUAGAGCAGACCAAGGAAUUUCUGUUAGAGAUCAUGAGGGGCAUUAGAGACUGUUCUGAAUGUGCUACUGAUUAG